CGGGCUUUGCGGCGGCUCUUCGUCGUUGGCCAUAACAGCAGUUGGCUUAUCGAGCUCGAGCAGCGUGAAUCAAUUUGCAUAUCGUUCAUACAUAUUGAUAAUAUACUUUCGUGCUUUAUAAUCUCUUGCUCAAGCAUGGCUCGCGCGUCGGCAGCUGCGCUCUCAGCUCUGGCCGUUGCGCUUCUGUCGCUGUCCAGCAGUGUCAAGGCCGGUUGUAUACUCGAAAGGGGUGUAACGACGCCCAACGAGCACGACGCCUACACCUGCAUUCGCAGCCAAGACAUGAAAGCCGAUCUCGCUCGUUUGCCGAUGGACAACAUGAAGCUCCUGAACGUCGAUUUCCGCGACAGCAAGAUCCAGAAAAUCGGCAAGGACGAUUUGCAAAAGUUGGGAACGAAAGCCUUGGGCAUCAGCAUCGUGCACUCGGGUCUCGAGGACAUCGACGAGGAGGCGUUCCGUGGCCUUACCGAACUCAAAGCCCUCAUUCUACGUCGAAACCGUCUCAUUGACGUGAGAAAGAGUUGGUUCAAGGAUCUCGAUAAACUAGAGAGCCUUGACUUGAGCGGCAACGUCAUUCGAGUUUUCGAUACGGCUAUCUUUGACCACACUCCCAUGAUUCAAGAGUUCGAAAUUUCCGAAAAUCAAUUAACGCACUUUGACAUCGACGCCAUGAAAAACAAGUGGCCGAAAUUGAAGAAAGCCGGUCUUCAGUGGAAUCCUUACGAGUGGGGACAAGGCGUAAAAGUCAUCGAUUACGCCAACGCCAAUCCGUCCAUCGUUAAGAACUCGCGCGCUUCGAUCGAUGGGCUUCGAGACACUGCGAAAUUGAUCAAAGAAUGCCAAGCUACGUUACAGAAAAAAGACGAUGCCAAGGAGUUGGACAUCUGCAUGCAAGGAAAGCUGACAAAGGCCAUCGAAUUCCCGAAGCUUUUGGAAGGCGAUAAGAACUCGAGCGACACCAAAUCAGCGUAAUUCUUACUGUUAAUUGUUCGAUCAAUUUUUUCAUUUGCAUAUGUUAAUUUCAAAAAAUGAGAACUUAUAGAGAUUUGCAAUAGUAUCUUCUUGUAUGGCUCAGUUAUGCGGCAUAUGUUAAGUGCAUAUAAUUUUUGAAUUUCAAUAAAAUAAUAUGUUUACACUUAUUUUUUAA